AUGCUAACAUCUCUUGGUGUUCCAGAGUCAAAUAUGCUUGAAGAUCCUGAUAAUUUUUAUAAACGAUCAUCAUUUCACGCAGUGGUUCUUCGUACUCAAAAAUUAAUGCGUGUUAUCAAAACUAUGAAUAGUGUUGGGGAAAUAAAAAGAGCAGAUGUGAUUGGUUUAAAUAGGAAUGAUAUUACUCAACAUCGGCAACUUUGGGAAUUCCCAAUGGAAAAAACAACGUCGAAAGAAAGUAGCGAAUCAUCAAGUGUAACAUCUGGAUUAGGUUCACAAGGAAUUCGAACAGGUAUACCAGCUAGUUCACGUCGUCUUGGUCAAAAGUUUAUUAUUCUUCAUUAUUCACCAUUUAAAGCUGUAUGGGAUUGGGUAAUAUUUUUACUUGUUUUAUAUACUGGUAUAAUUACACCUUAUACAAUAUCGUUUCUAUCGGAUGAAGAUCAAAAACGAACAAAUUUAAAUGUAUUACCAUCAACAAGACAAUUUAAUCGUGAAAGAACAAGUAUUCAUGUAUUAGUUAUUAUUGAUGUACUUGUUGAUAUGAUGUUUAUAUUUGAUAUUUUAAUUAGUUUUCGAACAACAUUUGUUUUAAAAGAAACAAAUGAAGUUAUAACAAGUCCUAUUUUAAUUGCUAAACAUUUUGUUAUUGAUUCUUGGAGACGUUUUGUUGUUGAUAUACUCGGUGCUUUACCAUGGGAUAUACUUUUCUAUGGAAAUGGAAGUCAUUCGAGUAUGCGUUUAGCAAAUUGUUUUAAAUUAGCACGACUUUUACGACUUGUUGCAUUUGUUCGAAAUUUUCAAAAAACAGAAUAUCGAUCAGCGGUUUUAUUUUUUCUUAUGCUUCUAUUUGCUAUUGCUGCACAUUGGCUAGCUUGUAUAUUUCAUUUUAUUGCUAUACUUGAAAGACCAAAUUUACAAGUUAAAUAUUCUUGGCUUGAUCAUCUUGCUGAAAAAUAUAAAAUGCCUUAUCUUGUAAAUGAUACAUUAAGUGGACCAGAUUUAAAAUCAAAAUAUUUAACUGCACUUUUUUUUGCUAUGACUUCACUUACAUCAGUCGGUUUUGGAAAUGUUGCAGCGAAUACAAAUGGUGAAAAACUUUUUUCUAUCCUAUCAAUGUUAGCUGGAUCAUUUUUAAGUGCAUCAAUUCUUGGAAGUGUAACAACAAUUAUUAUUAAAUUAUAUCAAGGUGCUGAAGAAUUAAAAGAAAUGAAACAAAGUAUUGAUGAUUUUAUAAAACAUCAUCGUAUAUGUAAACUACUUGCUAAACGAAUGCAAGAUUCAUUUGAACAUGAAUGGAAAAAUACGAAAGGUAUUGAUAUGAAUAGUAUAUUGAAAACAUUUCCAGAAUGUAUUCAAGCUGAUAUAUGUUUACAUCUUAAUCGUGAAUUAUUAAAUAAUUGUUCAGUUUUUGAACAUGCUAAUGAAGUUACUCUUCGAACAUUAGCUCUUCUUUUUAAAUCAACUCAUGUUCCUCCAGGCGAUACACUUAUUCAUCAAGGUAAUGUAUAUAGGAAUUGA